AGGGACCGUCUGACACACAACGACGUCAUCGGCACUGCCCACCUCUGCAUGUCCAAGAUCUCGGCACCAGGCGGGGAGCUGGAGGAUGAGUUUCCUGCUCUUGCGAAGCCCCUGAAGGCCGCAGACCUGGAUGACGGGCUGGGGUUCCUGCCCACCUUUGGUCCCUGCUACAUCAACCUCUACGGCAGCCCCCGGGAGUUCACCGGCUUCCCUGACCCGUAUGAGAGGCUCAAUUUAGGAAAGGGCGAGGGCGUUGCGUAUCGCGGCAGGAUGCUCGUGGAGCUGGAGACCAAACUGGUGGAGCACGUGGAGCAGAAGGUGGAGGACAUUUCUGUGGAUGACAUCCUGCGGGUGGAGAAGUACCUGCGCCGUCGGAAGUACUCCCUCUUUGCUGCCUUCUACUCGGCCACCAUGCUCCAAGAUGUGGACGAUGCCAUCCAGUUUGAGGUCAGCAUCGGUAACUACGGCAACAAAUUUGACACCACCUGCCUGCCCUUGGCCUCCACCACGCAGUACAGCCGGGCCGUCUUUGAUGGUUGCCAGUAUUACUACCUGCCCUGGGGCAACAUCAAGCCUGUGGUGGUGUUAUCAUCCUACUGGGAAGAUAUCAGCUAUCGGACCGAUGCCCAAAACCUUCUCUACCACGCGGCAGACAGGCUGGAAGCAAACCUGGAGAAGCUCCACCUCGCUCUCAAGACCAAGCGUGCACCGAGCGAGCUGGAUGCGCUGGCUGCCCAGCUGAUGGAUGACAUCAUUGCUGACUGCAGCCUGCCCCUGCCCGAGGUGCUGGGGACGCCGGCCAGCACCCACCUGGACCAGAAUAUGUACCGCUUCCGCAGCACCAACCUGGAGCAGAUAGUGAAGGCAGCCCUGAAGCUGAAGCAUGGAGACUCGAGCCUGUGGCCGGCACUGGAGCAGGCAGAGGACUGGCUCUGCAGGCUGAGGGCCAUGGCAGAGGAGCCCCAGAACAGCCUGCCUGACAUCGUGAUCUGGAUGCUGCAGGGAGACAAGCGCGUAGCGUACGCCCGCGUGCCGGCCCACCAGGUCCUCUUCUCCAGGAACGUGUCCGGCUGCUGUGGCAAGAACUGCGGGAAGCUGCAGACCAUCUUCCUGAAGUACCCCCAGGAGGAGGCGAUGGGUCCGAAAAUCCCAGCCCAGAUCCGGGUCCAGCUCUGGUUCGGGUUGUCGGUCGAUGAGAAGGAGUUUAACCAGUACGCCGAGGGGAAGCUCUCUGUCUUUGCCGAAACUUAUGAGAACCAGACCAAGCUGGCGCUUGUGGGGAACUGGGGCACGACUGGCCUGACCUACCCCAAGUACUCAGAUGUCACUGGCAAGAUCAAGCUGCCCAAGGACAGCUUCCGCCCCUCCACGGGAUGGACCUGGGCUGGGGACUGGUUCAUCUGCCCAGAGAAGACGUUGCUGCACGACGUGGAUGCCGGGCACCUGAGCUUCGUGGAGGAGGUGUUUGAGAACCAGGUCCGGCUGCCUGGAGGCCAGUGGGUCCACAUGAGCGAUGCCUACACCGACGUGAAUGGGGAGAAGGUCCUACCUAAGGAUGAGAUUGAGUGUCCUCCGGGCUGGAAAUGGGAAGACGUGGAGUGGGACACCGACCUCAACAGAGCUGUUGAUGAGAAAGGCUGGGAGUACGGUAUCACCAUCCCGCCGGACCGCAAGCCCAAGGGCUGGGUGCCGGCCGAGAAGAUGUACCACACCAAUCGGCGACGGCGCUGGGUGCGGCUCCGCCGGAGAGACCUUGCGCAGAUAGAGGCUGUGAGGAAGGGGGGAGUGACAGACGACAGGAGCGACGAUGGCAAAUCCAUCUCCACCCUCAGUUUUGGUGUCAACAGACCCACCAUUUCGUGCAUAUUUGACUGUGGGAACAGGUACCACCUUCGCUGCUACAUGUACCAGGCACGGGAUCUGAUCGCCAUGGACAAGGACAGCUUUUCAGAUCCUUAUGCCAUUGUUUCCUUCCUCCACCAAAGCCAGAAGACGGUGGUGAUCAAGAACACCCUGAACCCCACCUGGGACCAGACGCUCAUUUUCUACGAGAUAGAGAUCUUUGGGGACCCCCAGAACGUGUCUGACUCCCCUCCCAACAUCGUGGUGGAAAUAUAUGACCAUGACACCUACGGUGCGGAUGAGUUCAUGGGGCGCUGUGUUUGCCGGCCCAGCCUGGUGCCCUCGCCGCGGCUCUCCUGGCACCCGGUUGUCAAGGCGAACCGCAACGUCGGCGAGCUGCUGGCAGCCUUCGAGCUGAUUCAGAGGGAGAAGCCGGCUGUCCAUCACAUCCCUGGCUUCGAGGUAAUCGAGCUGUCCUCCAGCCUGGAUGAGUCUGCGGACUCCGACCUGCCGUACCCCCCACCCCAGCGGGAGCCCAACGUUUACAUGGUUCCCCAAGGAAUCAAACCGGUCCUGCAGCGCACGGCCAUCGAGAUCCUGGCUUGGGGGCUGAGGAACCUCAAGAGCUACCAGCUGGCCAGUGUCACCUCGCCCAGCCUGCUUGUGGAAUGUGGAGGCCAGCUUGUGCAGUCCUGUGUCAUCAAGAAUGUCAAGAAGAACCCCAACUUUGACGUCUGUGUGCUCUUCAUGGAAGUGCGUUUGCCCAAGGAGAGCCUGUACGGCCCCCCCAUCAUCGUCAAAGUCAUUGACAACAGGCCAUUUGGCCGAAGGCCUGUGGUGGGGCAGUGCACCAUCCGCUCGCUGGAGGACUUCUACUGUGACCCUUACCGAGAGGAGAUGGGUGGUCCCCAGGAGCUCUCAGAUGAUGUGAGCCUCACGCCCAGGGAUGAUGUCCUAAUUGACAUCGAUGACAAAGAGCCUCUUAUUCCUGUCCAG